CCGGUACAAUACAGACUUUAUACCAUUUAAAGUCUUAUACCCUUCACGUUGAUCUAUUUGACCUGUAAAACCUUUGCGGCUGUCGUUUUGUAUGAUUAAUCUAUCGUAGUUUACUCGCUUACCAGUUAUACAUCUAUACAAUGUAUUUCUAAUAGCACAUAUAUAUAUCUAUUGCAAACCAGUUUAGUCUUACCAUAAUAUCAUAUCACAGCUCCAAGAAUACUGAAUUGCUAUUAUCAUCAUUCAGUAAAUUUACUUUCUCUCAAAUAUCAAUCAGGUGAUUCAUUAAAAAAACAACGAAAACUAGUCCUAAGAAAAAAAAAUGCAUGACAUGGAUUCUGUUCAGUUUGAGUGUCAACAGUUACGUUCAGUAAAUCCAACCAUGGUUACUGAUAUGUCAAAGAAUCCAAAAAUCCUGAGAACAAGAGUAUUCACAAGUACUAAGUUCUUGGUUGUAAAUAAGAAGUUCAACUCACAACUGCAUCAUCACCGGACACUUGAUAUCAUAUUCAAUAUGUCACCGGUAACAACUGAAAAUACAAAUAGUGGAAUAGAAGAACAAGUGGUGGUCUCUAAAAAUUACAUAAAUAACAAACUACUCUUGCAACAAGAUAUUAUGGAAGUGAACACGAUGGACAGUACAGGAUUGCACAUGAACCUGGAUGAUACGAGAAUAGAUGAGAUAAAUAUUCCAAGAAUCUUCCUAAAUCAGAAUCUGAACCCAUUCGAAUGGUCACAGGUUUUAUCUAACUCUAUGAAUAUAUCACCAGAAAUUAUUAAACAAGCCUGGUUCCAAAUGAUAUCAAGCAAAAGUGUCAAUUCAAGACUGAUAGAGCUUUGUAUCGAUUCCCUGAAGCAGAUAUCAGUAAAUCUUGUCGAUGAAAUAGUGAAUAUAGCUGAUAAGAGAGGUAAUACAGCUCUGCAUUAUGCAAUAAGUCAGUCGAAUUGGCCCAUUGUGUAUACAUUAAUGAACAAUAGUACGAAAAUUGAUGUGAACAAGUUUAAUCGAGCUGGAUACACUCCUUUAAUGAUGGCUGCAAUAUGGAUAAGUAAGCCUAUUACAAAAGAAGAUACAGCGACGCUGGAUAUGGUUGUUUCUAGAGCCAACUUAAAAUUGAUAUCACAAAAUGAUUGCAAGCGAACUGUACUGAUUUUGGCUGCGAUUUACGGGUGUGAAACAAUCGUUUCUAGUGUUCUCACAAAGCGGAAAUCUCUCAUAAAUCAAAGUGACGCAGGAGGCAGCACUGCUAUUAUGUGUGCUGCAGAACACAACCAUUUAAAUAUAGCCACGGCUCUUCUGGGACAAAGUAAGAUCAAUUUACAAUUAAAAGACAUAAAUGGCCGAACAGCGUUGGAAAUAGCAAUUGCUAAACAGAAUUAUUUAAUAGCCUUACUUAUUUACGCUAAGAUUCAGGUACAAAGGCUAAGUACAUCAUAUUACCGAUUCGCUUAA